CAUUAAUCCUAAGACUAAUGGAAAAUACAUCUACUCAACGCCAUCUUAACAACAACAACAACAAAAAUCUGUCUAGGUCAUCCACACCUCGAUCGAAAACCACUUUGGUGGAUAAGAAUAACAAUAGAAAACAACGUGCACCUUGGGAUUUACGGGGCAAAAUUGAAGACUUGGGUAGUAAAGCAACUGAGCAAGCCUCUGAAAUUGAUUCUGUACGCAAACUGACGGAAGACUUGGAAUCUACUUUAGGAAGUACUACUUCAGAAACACAAGAAGCUUUGGAUCGUGUUUAUGAACUGGAAACUAUGGUCAAAGUAAAAAUAUAUAUAUAUGAUAUUUUCCUUUCUUUAUCUAAGAUACUCUUUUUUUUUCUCAACCAGACAAAACGUGAACAACAUCAAUUAGCUUUGAAAAAAUUAAAGUUAAAACAUCAACAACAAAACCGACAAUUAGAGGAAAGCAAUUAUCAAUAUGAACAAAGAUUAGGAACUAUCGAUAUUGAACUCAAUGAUAUUCGAUCCAAAACUUCUCAAUUACUUAGAGAUUGGGAAGCAAAGACACGCGAUAUCUCUCAACUUCGAUCUUCUGUAGAAACCGCUUAUUCUACAAUGGCAGCAAAAGAAGCUCAAUUAACUGAACAAACCAAAAAAUUACAGGAAACGGAUUGUACUUUGAUGGAACGACAAAAGACAUUAGAAGAAUUAACAGAUCUGAUCAAUAGUACAAGAAAACGUCGAUUCGAAAUUGAUUCUCAAUUAUUGGAAGAAGAAAAAGUACGCCGCAAAUUACACAACACACUUCAAGAAUUGAAAGGCAAUAUUCGAGUCUUUUGUCGUAUGCGACCUUCAUUGGCAUCAGAACGAACACACGAUGGUGCAGUGGCUCAAGUUCGAUUUUUUGGUAAACAUGGUGAAAAAAUGGAAUUCACAGAACAAGUGAUGUCGAGUACGAUCACUGGAAAAAUGGCGACCAAGACGUAUCCUUUUUCUUUUGACAAAAUAUUCUCUCCAGAACACAGUCAACAAGAUUGUUUUGAAGAAAUUGCUCAAUUGGUACAGUCGGCUUUAGAUGGUUAUCAUGUAUGUAUCUUUGCUUAUGGACAAACUGGGAGUGGCAAGACCUAUACCAUGCAAGGACCAUCACAAGCCAAUGAUGAUAGCUCGAUGGGUAUGAUUCCUCGUGCAGUACUUCAGAUCUAUCAAGCUGUUCAGAUGCUCACCGAACGUGGUUGGACUUACUCUAUGGAAGGUCAAUUCUUGGAAAUUUAUAAUGAAGUCAUCCAUGAUCUUUUAGGCGAUGUUUCAGAAUAUGGGAAAAUCAAACAUGAAAUUCGACAUGAAAAGAAUGGGAAAACAUCUAUUACUGGAAUGACAACUGUAAAACUGGAUUCUCCAACCAAAGUGAAAUUGAUGCUUCGAAAGGCAAAUCAAAACCGUGCAACAGGUGCAACAUUAUUGAACGAACGAUCAUCUCGAAGUCAUAGCGUCUUUAUAUUACGAUUAGAGGGUCAUAACGCAACAACUGGUGAACAAACAUCUGGAGUAUUGAAUUUAAUUGAUUUGGCAGGCUCAGAACGCUUAGCAACAUCUGGAUCUACUGGUGAUCGAUUGACGGAAGCAAAGGCAAUUAACAAAAGUCUUAGUUGUCUAGGUGAUGUCAUACAUGCUUUAGCAAGGAAUAAAGAAGGUUGUUAUAUUCCUUAUCGAAAUUCCAAAUUGACUUAUUUACUACAGAACUCUCUAGGUGGAAAUAGUAAAACAUUGAUGUUUGUUAAUAUUUCACCUUUGACUGAACAUUUUGGAGAAACUCUUUGCUCUCUUAGAUUUGCUACAAAGGUCAACUCUUGCAGGAUCGGGGUUGCUAGGAAGAUGAAGUAGUUUAUAGUGACUGAUGGAGGUGAUGAAGUGUCUUUUUUUUUAUUUUAUUUUAUUUUUGCCUUUAAAAGGGCUUUUAUUCCAAUUACCUAUAAUAAACAAAGGAAGUCUUUAUACACAAUAAUACUAUUACUUUAAUGAUAUUUUAUGUUUUGAAUAAAAAAAGCUUUAUGAUUGGGAAGAG